UCUGUUUAGUUUCCAUAAAUAUAAAUAUAUCAUCUGCCAAACAGAGAGAGACAUUGGAAGAUCCAAUCAAUCAAUCAAUCAAUUGAAGCUGCAAAACUCAAUCAAAGAAGAUCCAAUGUCGAGAGAGAGAACCAGACGUGAACUACCUCCCGUUCAAGAGCAUAUUGAUAAAUUGAAGAAAGUGGUAGAGGAAGGCAAUGGCUACGGAGCUUUGCAGAUGUACAAAUCCAUCAGUGCCAGAUAUGUUACAGCUCAGAGAUUCUCUGAAGCUCUUGACAUCCUCUUCUCAGGGGCAUGCGUUGAACUAGAGCACGGCCUGGUGAAUUGUGGAGCCGACCUUGCUAUUUUGUUCGUUGACACACUAGUUAAAGCCAAGUCACCUUGCAAUGAUGAAUCUCUUGAUCGUAUCAGGUGUAUGUUCAAGUUGUUUCCUCGGGUUCCUGUACCUCCUCAUUUGGUUGAUGUGAGCGAUGAUGAAGAUGUUCAUAAUAUUCAAGAAUCUCUUGGGGAAGCUAGAUCACGUGUUGAUAACUUGACUUCCUUCUUGAGAGCUGCUAUAAGAUGGUCUGCGGAGUUUGGAGGGCCAAGUAUAGGGUAUCCUGAGUUGCAUGCUAUGCUGGCUGAUUAUCUUUACACCGAGUGUCCUGAACUUGACAUGGUUCGAAUAUCAAGGCAUUUUGUUAGGGCCGAGGACCCUGAGAAGUUUGCAUCUAUGCUGAUCAACUUUAUGGGGAGGUGUUAUCCUGGCGAAGAUGACCUUGCUAUUGCACGAGCAGUUCUUAUGUAUUUAUCUAUGGGUAACAUGAAAGAUGCAAAUAUUCUGAUGGAUGAGAUUAAGAAACAAGCGGAGACCCUUUCAGAAUCAGACCUUAUCCAAUUUAUCACUUAUCUUCUGGAAACGUUGCAGAGAGAUGCAUUGCCUCUUUUCAGUAUGUUAAGAGCGAAAUUUAGGUCUUGCGUAGAUAGAGAACCGCUGCUUAAUGAGUUGCUGGACGAGAUUGCAGAGAGGUUUUACGGUGUGCAGCGUAAGAAUCCUUUGCAAGGAAUGUUUGGAGACAUCUUCAAGAUGAUGGGCUAAAGGAAGAAGAUAGAAGAGGCAACUUUCUUUCCCCAUUUUGUUUUUUUUUUGUAUUUGGCAGUGAUCUAAUAAUGGAUAGCUUCUGAGAAUUCAAUUUGUUUCUCUUUAUCCUCAAGUGGGUAAGAGUUUUUGUUCUUUGUAACAUUAUACAUUUGUUUUCAUCAUUACUAUAUCUUCAACAUAAACGAAAAGGAAACUUUUCAUUUUAUCA